AUGAAAUUCAUAUUUUAUUUGUGUAUAUUUUUAGUAGUGUGCAAAGGAGGUAAGGUGAACAAGAGAUUAAAUGCUUCAAUCGAUGAUAUAGUUAAUAGCAUGACUUUAGCAUAAAAGAUUGGUUAAACAACAUAAGUCGAUUUUAUAUAUUUGAAUGAUGCUGAAGGAAAAACAUAAUAUGAUAAAAUCAAAGAAUGGAAUCUUGGAUCUGUAUUAGUGGGAGGUAAUGGAUGUCCUGAUGAUGAGGGUAAUAUAUCCUCAUAAGGAACUUGCAUGAAGGCUGAUAAUUUAUUAUGGAAAAAAGUUGCAGACUUGGCACUAGUCUAAGGAGUGUCAGUCACAGUUGAUAUUAGUGAAACAGAAACAGAAACAGUGAUAAUAUAACCAUUACUUGGUACAGAUGCUAUCCGUGGAAAUCAACAUUCUGUUGGGGAGAUUCUCUUUCCUCAUAAUAUUGGUCUGGCUGCUUCAAACAAUGUGGAAAACUUUAAAAAUUCAGCCAAAUGGAUGAGAGAUAGUGUCAUUGAGAGUGGAUUUAAUUUUGUAUUUUCACCCACAGUAGCUGUAUCUCAUAAUCCACAAUGGGGUAGAUUCUAUGAGACUUUGGGAGAUGACACAACUAAAGUAAAAGAAUACUCCAAAGCUUUCGUUGAAGAAGCCUAAAAUAUUCAAAAUGACGAGAUAACAGGAGUUCUAACUUCAGUCAAACAUUUCAUAGGAGAUGGAGCUACAAUAAAUGGAUAUGAAGAAGGUGAUUCCAUUGUAGAUGCUGAGUCUAUGGAUCUUUUUGUAGAGGAUAAUAUUAAAGGUUAUGAAGGAGCUGUUGAGGCAUAGACAGGAAAUGUAAUGGUUAGUUAUGAUGCAAUCAAUGGUGUGGCUAUGAGUGUUCAUCCAUUUGUUAAUGAGAAAUUGAAAGCAACAACAGAAGAUGGUGGAUUAGGAUUUGAAGGAUUUGUUAUUAGUGAUUAUAAUUCAGUUAUCAAGACAGCUAAUGUAGAUUUACCAAGAAAUUCUUAAAAAAUGCCAUUGAAUCAGGCAUAUGCUGAGUCAUUUAAAGUAGGAGUUGAUAUGUAAAUGAUUUCUGACAAGGUUGAAGACUAUCAAGCAAUGAUUACUGGUUUAGUUAAUGAAGUUGAUCCACAAAAACCAAAAAUAGAUGAAGCAAGAUUAGACGAUGCAGUUAAAAGAAUAUUAAAAAUCAAAGAAAAAAUGGGAUUAAUAAAAGUAACUUCAAACAAGUAGGAUUUAAAAGAAAAUAAGAAAAUAGUAAAGGAUAAAGAAGCAGAAUACUAAGAUGCUUUACAAGCAGCUCUUCAAUCAUUAGUAUUGUUGAAAAAUGAUGCAAAUGCACUUCCUGCUAACAAAAAUACAAUUAAACAUGUUAUUUUAUUGGGUGAUAGAUAUGUGCCAGUUGGAAAUGGAGAAUAUAAAUUAUUUUCAGAUUAUGACAAUAUUGGAGCUUAAAACGGAGGAUGGACAAUUAGAUGGUAAGGGUACAAUGGUAAUGAUUAUUGGACUGGAGAUUUGAAAGUAAAAUCAAAAGCUUCAUCAAUCUUAGAUGCCAUAAAAGCAAGAUUUUAAGAUGCAGAAAUUCAUUAUCCAAAAUACACAGACCGAUCUGAUUUGAAUACUAUUCUUACAGACAGAAAUACUUUUAGAAACUAAUUAAAUACAAUGAAAGAUUAAUUCUCAUCAGCAAACACAUUAGUCAUCAAUGUAUUAGCAGAAAAUCCAUAUGCUGAAUAUAUGGGUGAUAUUAACUGCUCAUAUUGUUAAGGUGAAGACAAGAAAGGUUGCUUAUAUGAUCUGCAUGAUAAUGUUUAUUUAACAAAAUCAUAACCUACAAGAUUAGAAAUAAAAACUGGAGCAUAUGAAAAAUAAAUAAUUGCCAAUAUCCUAUAAGGUAAAAGUAAAGUUGUUUCCGUAUUAAUCAGUGGCAGACCAAUGUUAAUUGACGAUCCAUUAGCCAUUAGCGAUAGUUUUAUAGCAGCAUGGCUCCCUGGAACAACUGGUGGUGAAGCAAUUAUACAGUCCAUUUUUGGAGAAUAUGCAUUUGGAGGAGUAGAUAAAAAAAACAAUAAGUUACCAUCUCCUUGGUUUUCUACUUUAGACUCUAUUAAAGAUUAUCCAAAAUAUGUUUCAAAUAUUCAACCCAAAAUUAACAAUCCAAAGUUUGCAACUGGAUACGGGCUAGAAACAGCUAAUGAACAUCAUUUAUAUUAAUUAUCUAUUAAUAUAUGCAUUUAAUCUAUUAAUUCAACCUUCUUAAUCGGCUAAUAUUAUGAUAAAGAAUACGAUAUUGAGAAUGAAGUUAAAGAUUUAGAUUUAAUUUAAAAUACUCAUUUAAUUGUGAUAAUACUAUUAAAUUACAAAUAAAAUAGUAUUACAAAUAAUGUGAUUAAAUUUGAAGAGUUCUUUAUAAAUGACUUUAUUCAUCUUCUAUUAGCAGCUUUUCAGUGCAGACUAAACGUGAAUAAAGGAGGAGAAUGCCCUUUAUAAAAAAAUUAGGCAGUAUAGUUUAAAUAAGAAGCUGAAAUCUAUAAAUUUAUGAAAUAAGAAAAGAAUGUGGAUUUGAAUUAAUAUUUAUAUUCAUGGAUUAUAUCUGAUGAUGCUGAGACAGGAGUUUAAAGUCUUUUACUAGAUAAUAAAAUAAUAAAUAAUUAGUAUUAUCAAUAGAUCCACUAAUUUUUAAUUUUCCUUAUUUUCAAAUAUCUCAAAAUAACUAAAUGUCCAAAGGUGAAAGAAUGUCAUUUGUAUUAGGUACUUUUACAAAUCACUAAUAAUAAGCAUUUUCGUCAACUUAUAAAGAGGUGGAGAAAGCUCGGAACCUAAACUUAACUUGAUCAUCUUGUGGUCAUUCUCUAGGAUGGUUGGCCGAAUUAAGUGUCUAUUAUUACCAUUAAAAAUUGGAUUAGUCUUUUCCAAAUGUUAAAGCAGUGA